UCCAAGACCGCAGCGCGCGUGAUGCUUGCUAGAGACGCUCGGUUUCAAAAAGUUAUGGGCGAAGGCAAAGAAAUUUCCUUCAUGAACAUGAAGCUCGUGAACACCAUGUACGGCUGCAUAGAUGACUGGUUGACGAACUGCAAGCUGUCAUCUGAACCCUGCAAGAACGGCGGCUACACCAAGAAGGACUGCAGUUGUGCUUGUCCGUUGGGCACGACAGGCGCUAACUGUGAGAACCUCGUCAUGAGCUACAACGACGCCCUGAUCCAGAAGCUGACCCCACAUAGCGCCAAUAUCACCAAACCAGGAGAAGUCACCUCUCCUGGCUACCCUAAAUUUAUCCGUCUAGGAGUGAUAGGAAGCACGCAGGUGAUACGCGCAGACAAGUGCCAGAGGGCCGUAGUCACCUUCCAGGACUUCCAGCUCGACGACGACUGCGACUUCAGCUACUUGGAGAUCCGCACUGACGUUUCCGUUGCGGAAGGCAAAAAGUACUGUGGUACAACAAUAGCAAAGGGAACAGUUUUCAAGAGUGACAAGUCGGAGCUGAUCUUCCACUACAUGAACAAAGACGCUGAAAAACCGGAUGCAGGCUACAAGGCUACCUUCACCACCGAGGCCAUUCCUAACUGCGCCUAGUUGAUGGCGUUGCGUCUACUCACUGAAAUGCAUCAGGAAGAGAUGCCUAUUGGGACGAUGGCUUGGAUAAUUACCGGAAAUUGUGUGCAAUAACUACAAGUUUUACUUCAAAAAUAUAAC